GCAUCGGCCUUCAAAUGGUUGGAGCGUAGUUUAAAUCAAUGUCUACAAGGGUUUCAUUAAGACAAAAGUUGGUCAGUCAUUUAGAGGAUGCUGACUCUAUUUUAAGGGAUAUAGUUGCUGUGGCUACUAGAAAGAGACCAUCUGUCACACUUCUUCCCUUGAUCGAAUUGUUAUUGGAAAAAGAUCAACAGUUGAAAGAAACUUACCGAGAAAUUGAGAUCUACAACGAGAAACAGAAGAAAAUUGACUUACUGAGAGCAGAUUGUUCAAAAUCUGACAAGCAAAUUCAGGAAUGUCAAACCCAAUUGAAAAAAGCCGAAGUCAUUCUGAGUACUGCGUUAUAUUACUCCCGACAGAAGUUAGAUUCAAUGAGUAAUGCUGUUAAAAACCCUAUUGAUGUGGAAGAGCUUAUCAGAUUUUCGCACAGAAUAAGUGCUACUCAUGGCGUAAUCGCUCCGGAUAACUGGACUCAGGGAGAUCCCAGGCGGCCAUACCCUAACAAGGAAGAGAUCCGAAGGGGCUACCUAGGACAUAUUGAUGAUGCUGGCAACUUUCGACAGUCUCUGUGGGACGCUUUGUCAGAAACUGCAGCAGCUGCCGCCUCCAUCUCUGUCUCUUCCACACCAUCUACCUCCAGUAAUUCAGGUGCAAACAACUCUUCCAGCCAGAAUGUCGGGUUAUCACAAACACCUGUAUAUCACUCAAAUCAACCCCAGUCCUCAGUAUUACCUUCAGUUACUUGUUCUCCGAAUAUGAUCUUACCUGGCGUCAACAUGGUUUCUUCACCGAUCUCUAUAUCACAAGCUGGUACUUCAGCUACAUGGGCCGCUUCAAAUGUCAAUCCUGUUGCAGGGACCUCAGAUCUAACUGCCCCUCAAGCACCAUCCUCCCGUCCACCUUCAACUUCACUAGCUGCUAUGUUGACGGGUGCAAACGUGAUGGAGCCACAUUCCCGUAAUAUGACACUCCCUCCGCCUCCUCUCAAACCUGUAAGCAAUCAAGCACAAGCAAGUCAACCAGUAUCUUUCCGGCCAAACGGUGCUCCGCCCCGACAACCCAGCACCAACACUGGAAUUCGACAAACAUUCCCUACAUCCCCAGCUUCUUCCGGAUCACAACAAAUGCAUUACUCACAUGGUGAUACACAUCCAGGUUCUAUGCAGGGUACCAAGCUAUCUCGACCGCACACUAAACGUCCUCAUCAGAAACGCCCAGGAACAGAAUAUAGUGAACUUUCAUCCAAUUCCUCAAGUGAUUCUACUAGUGGUGAAGAAUGAUUUAACUUAGAUGCCUUAAUAAAAAAUGUAAAUACAUGAAGUGUGCUUAUGUCCUAUUUGGUUUAUAAAGAAUUUGACAGAUUCAGAGUGUUGCACGUAAAUAUUUGAAACGUAAUUAACGUUGCUGUUGUUUAUUGUUAUAAUAUCAUGUAUGUGUAAUUUAGUGAAGUUAGUGCACUGAUUUAAGAAGCAUGCUCUGAAGUAAAUGAAGCAACAAACCAUGUACAGAGG